GAGCUGGUGCUCAGGAUCUCCCAGAGAGCCACGAAGCAGCUGCUGAGAACUCUUGAUCCAUUUCUUUACACCCUCCUUGGACCAGGAAGCAUCUGCGGCUGCUGCGACAUGUGCAUGAUGUCUUUCAAGAAGGAAACGCCUCUUGCCAAUGCUACUUUCUGGGCUGCUCGUAGAGGAAACCUGGCGUUACUCCAGCUGUUGUUGAACAGUGGCCGUGUCGAUGUGGACUGCAGAGACAGUACUGGGGCAACAGCUUUGAUGGUGGCAUCGUAUGCAGGACAUAUGCAGUGUGUACGAGAGCUAGUACUACAAGGGGCAGAUAUUAAUCUCCAGAAAGAUUCUGGCGCUACUGCUUUGUUCUUUGCUGCACAGCAAGGUCACAAUGAGAUUGUGAAAUUCCUUUUUGAAUUUGGCGCAUCUACAGAAUUUACUACCAGGGAUGGAGGAACAGCAUUAUUAGCAGCCUGUCAGCAUGGACAUUGUGGAGUUGCUGAAACCCUGUUAAAAAAUGGAGCCAAUAUCCAUGAUCAACUUUGUGAUGGGGCAACCCCUCUCUUUCUUGCGGCCCAGGGAGGCUUCGUGGAUGUAGCUCGAUUAUUGCUGACUUUUGGAGCAAAGUCAAAUCAACCACGACAGGAUGGAACAACGGCUCUCUGGAUAGCGGCACAGCUGGGAUACAAUGAGGUGGUGAGAGUCCUUCUGCUGAGAGGAGCUGAUCGUGAUGCUGUGCGGACAGAUGGGACCACUGCACUGUUCAAAGCUGCAUCAAAAGGCUUCAGUGAUGUAAUAGAAGAGCUGCUAAAGUUUUCUCCCACACUUGGUGUUUUAAAGAAUGGAUCCUCAGCCCUCCAUGCUGCAGUUCUUGGUGGGAACCUUAAAUCCGUUUCUCUCCUUUUAGAAGCUGGAGCCAACCCUACAAUUAGAAAUAAAGCAAAUGAACGACCGGCAGAUCUUACCAAAAAUGAACGAAUGUUACGUCUCCUAAAGACAGCAGAAGCAAUUAAAAGUUCCCUGUCUUAAGAUGUAUUAUUUAUUCCAUUUGGUUUAAUAUAGCAUAUUUUGCCCUGUUUUACUGCUGCAAGCCUGAUACUCAGCUGGCUCUUCACAUUGUGCUAAUGUAUAUUAUUUAGGAAAAUAUUGCAAUUCUAGAUAGAAAAAUGGGAAUUUCAUAUGACCCAUAAUGCCUUUACCAGCUAAGUCCUAAGACAGUUUUAAUGUAAAUACUGAGCCAUACAUACUCAAGGGUCAAUAUAUGUGCCAGCAUAUUAGGUAGUUCCAGAUGGAAAAGAUAUCAGGGGAAAAAUCAUGUAGGACAUGUUCAGAUCACAACAGUUAGUUACAAAGUGAACAACAUACUGUACAAUUACAGCAAUACUUUAAAAAUGUUAAUAUGAAAAGUUUUUGGCAGUGGGCAACUAGAGACUCUUCAAUUUAAGAAAAUUGUAAGCAGCGCCGAGACAGGGUACACCAGGCAAAUGCCCCCCCCCCCCCCCCCGAAUCAAUUUAAACUGACCCAACUUUCUAAAACACAUUUUAAAAGAAGCAGGUACGGGUAUACCGAAUGUAAAUCCAGUGACUUAGGCUCCUUUCACAUUAGCGUUUUUGCGGAUCCGUCAUGGGUCUGCAAAAAUGCUUCUGUUACAAUAAUACAACUGCAAUGAUCCGUCAUGAACGGAUCCGGUUGUAUUAUGUC